UGCCUAUAUAACCACUCCUCAUGUCUGAAGAGAAGCACCUGCAGAGUCCUCCUGACCUUUGCACCCAGAUCCUCAACCAUGAAGGUGGCAGUUGUCUUUCUUCUCGCUGCCUUGGCGCUGCUCACUUUCCCAGGUAGCACUACAGCUGACAUGAUGGGGGGAAAGGCUAAUUGCAAUGAUGCAAUUAUGGGAUGUCCCAGGAUUUAUGACCCUGUAUGUGGGAUUGAUGGAGUUACAUACCCCAGUGAAUGUGUCCUGUGCCUUGAAAACAGGAAACGCCAGGUUCCUGUCAAAAUUAAAAGAUAUGGGCCUUGCUGAUAGUCCAGACUUUGAACUCUGUUAAGACUGCCAUGAUGUGUGGCUAACCUGUUUGUUGAAUAAAUGCAUCUGAAUAUA